AUGAGCGCAUACAAAACGCACAGCGAGAAUCUGCAUGAUUGCAUCACCAAUGGCAUCCAAUGCUUGCAGCGGGGUAAUACUUCAUCUGCCAUAUCCUUGUUCAAGGUAGCUCUGAAAAUCUUCCAGAUGCAGGUUGAUCAAGCUCGGCGAUCACUUGCACUCCAUCAGGAUCAACAAGACCACGAAAUGGUUUUCUCGGGUGCCAAUGAUCAGGACAUGGUAAAUAUCCAAAGCCUUCCCGUCACACCCAAAGCAUGUUUGUGGGAUGAAGAUGGACUCUUUGUCAUGUUCCCCAAGGCAUUUCAGAUGAGGGAGAUGACAGACUUGAUGAACCCUUAUCAGGCUCGCUCAUGCCUGGUCAUGUUGCUGUACAACCUGGGGCUUGCAUAUGAUCUUCAAGCCAAAUCAGGUCCAGUGGGAGAUGCAUACAAAUGCAAUGAAAGCGCCAUUCAGUUUUAUCAAUCAGCUCUGGAGGCUGUCGAAUCCACAUUAGAUGCACCAUCUGUUGUAGCAUCUGCAACCAUGAGAUUGGUUGUGCUGGCUACAGUCAACAACUUGGCUCGCCUGCUGUCACUGCAACUCCGUUCAGAGGAGUUGAAUGAGUAUCUUGACUGGGGUGAAAAACUCUUUGAUUCCAUGAUGACUAUUGAACCACUGGAGGAAGGUGCUGAAGAGGACUUUGAAAUCUUGAUGCAAAACCUGGGGCCAUGUUUAUGGUUGGAUACCUUUGUGCUUCCUGCUGCUCCAGCUGCUUAG